AUGGAAAUGAGGAUUAGACAAGAGAGUAUGAGGAGCGUGAGCAAUGGCAAAGUGGCGAGCAAAAGGAGAGUGUAUGUCAGUUGGUUUUGCUUGGUUGAUCCGCCAAACGAGUCACUAUUUGUUGCCCUGAAAAAAGUCAAAAUCAAAAUCGAAAACAAAAGCCCCAGUAGGCAGCAGCAGCAUGCGGUGGUCCAGGUCCAGCAGGCGUCCACCACCAGCCUAAUACCCCAAUCCCUGGGCUUGUAG